AUGUCUGCAACCACAGGAUCUCCAAUCACUCUCCCCAACGCCACACAACACGACCUCACAAACUCCUUCACUGGUCUAAACUACCGCAUCCAAAUAUCUUGGCCUUUGAACUGGGAUCGCACAAAACAACUCCGCAACUCCAAGAUCCCAGUGAUCUACAUCCUAGACGGCAAUGCCCUUUUCCUCACCGCGACAGAAAUUCUCUGGCGAAGUGCGAGUAAUUCGUUCUAUCACGGCGGCGGCAUAAUAGUCGCGAUCGGGUACCAGAAUAUUCCGACCGAGACGGGGAGUUUGUUCAGUAGUCAGCGGAAUACGGACCUGACUAUCAAUGAGCAUGAAGUACAUGCUGGGUUGGGCGGAGCUGAUGCAUUCUUGGAGUUUAUUGGGAGGGAGGUGAGACCGUUGGUGAAGGAGCAGUUCAAAGAUGUGGAGACUGGAGAGGAGGCGAUCUUCGGACAUUCGUUUGGUGGAUUGUGUGUGUUGCAUUCGCUGUUUAGCAAGAAGGGAGGCGCAUUCGAUGCGUACUUUGCGGCCAGUCCGUCGGUGUGGUGGGAUGCAGCAAUUGUCGAAGAGACGGAGAAGUUCUGCAAUGCCCAAAGCAAAGAUUCGCAGGGCUCUUUGCAAAUAUCCUACGGAGCACUGGAACAGAGACCGACAAGGUCGAAUGUAGAGUCGGAUGUUGAAUUUGAAGAAAGGCAAAAGCGCUGUACGGAACGCAAGAUGGGAGACAAUGCUGUUGAGCUGGAGAAGAAGCUACGGAGCAGCGGAAAGUUGACGAUGGUGUCCAUCACCGAGUUCGAAGGAGAAGAUCAUGGCACGGUUGCGACAUCUGCUUUGCUCAGGGCAUUGAGCACCUUUUUCGAUCAUUGA